AUGCAGAAAGUGGGUUUGGUUUGUGUCGUUGCGGCUUUAUGUCUCACGGAAAUCCUGGGGAUAAGCGAGGAGAUGCAGGAAUUAAUAGACAACUUGCACAACACGUGUGUGGGCGAGACGGGGGCUUCGAACGAUAUGAUAACGGCCGCCAGAAAUGGAGAUUUCGCUGACGAUGAAAACUUCAAAUGCUACUUCAAAUGUCUGUUCGACCAGAUGGGAUGCAUGACUGAUGACGGUAAGGUAGAUCUAGAGGCUGUAAUAGCACUAUUGCCUCCAGAAAUCCAAGAUAAAGCUUCUUCGGUUAUAAUGACGUGUACUGGCGUUGGAGCUAAUCCAUGCGAGACGGCGUGGCUUUCCCAUAAGUGUUUCCAAAAAGGAGCUCCUGAUGUAAAAAUGAUGAGCAGGGAGGAAAUGCCAGUCAAAAUGUUGGGAUUUAUCGUAGUGUUACUCGUGUGUUCUUUCACAAAAGUUCUGAGCCUACCAGAGGAAAUGCAAGAAUUAAUCGAUACCCUUCAUCGCACCUGCGUGGGUGAAACGGGAGUCAGCGAAGAGGCUAUAGAAUGUGCUCGCAAGGGAGAUUUCGCCAAUGAUGGUAAACUGGGUUGUUACAUGAAAUGCCUGAUGGAACAGAUGGGUUGUGUUUCUGAUGAUGGUAUUAUCGACGAAGAGGCGACUAUUGCGGUUUUGCCGGAGGAAUAUCAAGCGAAAGGUGAAAAAGUUAUCACGGCAUGCGGCACGAAAAUUGGGGCAGAUCCGUGCGAAAAUUUGCUUUUGACGAAUAAGUGUUGGUAUGAGAGCGCACCUGACGACUACUUCCUCGCAUAGUGGACCAAC